CGCAACAUCCGACUCUCUAUUGGGUAUUACAUCAAGGAAGAACAAGUUCUACGAUGGAUCAAGACAACGAUAUCAAUGCUUCAAACAGCAGUUACGGACAGAAUGCGAAGUUAACCUUGGAUGUUGCCUCAGACUGUAUCCCUUGGCUUGUAGUAUCCAUCACUGAGUGCCUGGCCAUAUUCAUCUGCAAUUUGAUCACCGUUAUCGUAUUCGUAAAGCAACGCCAGCUACAGCGACGGAGCACCUACCUGAUCAUCCUUCUCAGCAUAGUUGAUCUGUUAUUUGGUGCCGUUUCCGGUCCUGUGAUUAUCUGCGACCUAUUGGGGUUUUAUUGUGAUUUCUGGAAGUACAACACUGAAAUCUUUCCAUUGGCUAACCUUUUUCCAGUAACUUCUAUUGUCAAUCUCGCAGUCAUUUCUUUAGAAAGACUGCAUGCCACAUUCUCUCCAUUCAACCAUCGUUUUAUCAAGAAAUGGGUUUACGGAGUAGUAAUUGGUGCUGUCUGGCUAAUCACGUCAACGAGGGAGACUAUUCAAGUUUUAUUAUAUAAAGAAGAGCGUAUUAUUUCUCCUGUCGCCAUUGCUUUCUCACCAUACACAUAUUGGUCAGUUUCUCUUUUAGUCAUCUGUAUUUGUUACAUUUCAAUUUUUAUCAAAGUUCGAUACAGCUCAAAUCCUCAACGCCACGGUGCAAUCAACAGGGAAAGAAAGUUGACAGCUACCUUACUUUGGAUUACACUUGCAUCGUUAUUGACAUGGUUGCCAUAUAUAGUUUUUAGCUUAAAUACGACCACCCUCAACUUGAGGUCUGUCUUUCAUAUUUCGAUGACACUGGCGGCACUUGUUGGUGCCAAUUCCUUGUUAAAUCCAAUAGUGUACGCCCUUAGGAUGCCUGAUUUUCGAGAAGGAAUACGUCGAAUAUUCCGAAGGACUCAGAGGCGAAUCGCUCCAGUAAGUUUACCGCGUCAAAAUUUUCUACAGGCGAGUAGACUAUACUAG